CCGCAAUCUGGCCACCGCGGCUGGGGUCACGCUUUAUAAGCUGGCGGCGAACUAACGCGCUUCGAACCACAUUUGGCCUCCUUUCAAACCAAACAACAUCCGGUCGCAACACACCAUUCAAUCGGCAAGUGCUGCGGGUGCUGGAUCACGUCGCAGCGCCUUUCCAAUCGAAUAAUCACCUAACUAAUCAAUCGACCGACCGACCGCAUUUCGAGAGAUCUGCUUGCAGUCACUUUUUGCAGGGGGCGUUUCGCGACAGCAGGCGCAAUGGCCGACCAAGCCAGUCACGACCAUGAGGCGAUGUACUGCCAUGCUUGCCAUCAUCAGUGGCAGAGAGCAGGCGAGAGCAUCGAAUGCCCCCAGUGCAUGAGCUCGUCGACAGAAAUCGUACGGCCGAGUUCCAGCCCUUCUCUUAUCGCAAUUAGGCAGCAACCACUAACAAGCACGCAGAUCACCCCUGAGAAUGAUCCGCGCCACUUUCACAACCGACAACAGGAAGGCGUGGCCAGUCCAGAUGCCGCGCCGCGUGCUCCCGAGCCAAGCGCCGGCCAAGAGUCACCCGCGGCUCCUCAUCAGCCUCCGGCCGGUGAGGCCGGGAACUCAGCCAGCGAAGCCAACGGCUCGGGGAACAAUGCACCGCACACCGGCGGCCAUCUCCCCCGGUUUACCUUCCGUUUCACCACCACUGAGGCCGUACCCGCUGUCACGUUUAUCACCUUCGUGACGAACAACCCACCUCCCCAGCCUGCUACCGAAAACCCGCCUCCGCGGGCAGAGAACGUGCAGCCGGUGACUUUCUGGGGCAUGCACUUCUUCCCUCAUGUCACCGUCUUCCCAUCCGCCCCUCCUCCGACAGUAAACAACAGCCCUCCUGCCGAAGCAGACCCUGCCACUCAAUCUAGCCAGCCCGCCGACGCUCCGCAGAACGAUGCUCAACAGCAGCAACCUCCGCAAGCAAGCCAAGCGCGCCCGCAACCAGUGAUGCGCACGGACAUGCUUGGCCAGCUGCUCGCCUCGCUCUUCAACCCGGCGAACGCCGUUUUCGGCGACGCCGUCUACACGCAGGAGGCGUUCGACCGCGUGCUCACGCAGCUCCGCGACCAGCUGCAGCCCGGCGGGGCGCCGCCGGCGUCGGCGGACGCCCUGGCCCGGCUGCAAACGCGCGAACUCGACGACGCGAUGCUCGCGGGGCGCGGCGACGACGACGGCAAGGCCAAGUGCAUCGUCUGCGUCGACGACAUGGUCAAGGGCGACAAGGCGGCCGUGCUGCCGUGUGGGCACUUCUUCCACGGAGACUGCGUCAUGCCGUGGCUGAAGCUGCACAACACCUGCCCGGUGUGCAGGCGGUCAGUGGAAGUAGAGGGGGAGGGAAAACCCGGCAAGGCGGCCGGCGUCAAUCUUCCGGGGCAACCGGAGACUGGUGGGACUGGUGCGGCGCGGAGUGAGAACGAGAUGGAUUGUGCCUGAGAGGGGCUGUUUCAGACAAACCACGGCGUUUGGGAUGCAUUUUUUGGGCGUUUGGGACGAUACCAGGAGAUGAAGCGGCGCAAGGUCUCGACUUUCAGCAUCACGGGUUUUUUC